CUGUGCGCGCUAGUAUACAGCCAGGAGUUCGGUCGCGGCACGAGUCAGUAGCACAUGAGCGCUCGUCGAGCGAGUAUCGUUCCGUCAAGCGACUCUCGCCCGGGCGAUAAUGUCACCGAGUGAUCGUCGAGCGACUACGAGAGGAUCUUGAAAAGAAAUAUAUAUUUAUUAGAGGAUACGUGAAAAAAAAAAAAACGGAAUACGAAAUAUCUAUAAAUAAUAAAGGAUAAACGUGUACUAUAUAAUAUAUAUAUAUAUAUAUGUAUAUGUAUAUAUACACACGUGUAUUUAAUAUACAUAUAUAAACGUGCGUGCAACGAAAUUGAAAUAGAAAGAGAGAGAGAGAGAGAGAGAGAUAGAAGAUAUCGUCGAUAUUCCGUCGACGGUUCUUUUUUUUUUGUCUUGACCAACGGAAGAAGAAGACGUCGAAAGGUACGAGAGAAGGAAGAAAAUUGUUUUGUUGAGGUGGUGGAGGAGGAGGAGAAGAAGAAGAAGAAGAAGAAGAAGAAGAAGAAGAAUAAGUGAGAGUGAGAGGGGACAAAUAAAAGAAGCGAAUCGCCGCGUCGGAACACGCGCCGCGAUUGUCGCUAAAAGCGUGUUUUCUUCCGCAAAGGGGCGCGCGCGGGCGCACAACAUCAUCCGCCGCCGCAUUCACGAAAGGAAAGAAGAAAAGCGGACGUCGGACGAUUUUUUGUUGGCCAAAUCGAUUGAAAAGGAAGAAAAAGAACUUUGAGAAAGAUCCGAAAGAAAUAAAGAAGAUAGAAAAGAUCUUCUCGCGUAGAGAACGAGUCACGAUCAUCUCUGUUGGUGCUCUGCUCGAAGUGAAUUUUUUCGCGAACGUUUAGAAAGAAGUAAAAUAAAAAAAAAAAAAGGAGAAGAGAAAAGAAAAAGAAAAGGAUUGAAUUAGAACGAAGGAGAGAUUUCGAUCCUCGUUUUUUUCUUCUCCUGUUUUUCUUUUCCCAUCGCGACGUUUUACGUCUCACGUUUUACGUAAAGGGGGAAAAAAAAAGAGACCGAAGGAAAAGUAAUAAGAAUAAAAAAGAAAGAAAGAAAAAAAAAGGACUUGAUAUCAUUAAUUAAUACAAUUAUUACACUUGUAUACUUUCGUUUGUAUGAAAAAAGAUUCCCGAAGUGUGUUUUCUAAACGAUAUAACAGAUAAAUAUAAAAUAUAUACAUAUAACAUACGUACUUUACAUAUAUAUAUUAUUACUAUCAAUUGUCGAGUCACCAAGAGGAGAUACGCGCGAUAGUUUGCCAGCUGGUAGUGUGGUGAUAGCAAUCGUCGAUUUAUUAAUUUUGCUUAAGGAAAAGUGGAAAAAUAAAGUGAGAGAGAAAGAGAGAGAGAGAGAGAGAGAGAGAGAGACGAGCUAAAGAGCGAGCGAGCAAAAGGCUUGCUACGACGUGUGUUAAAAAAAUAUAUAUAAAUUAAAAAAAAAAAAAAAAAAAAAAUAAUAAAAAUAACAGAAAAAUAAAAGAACGGCCCAAGAAUGGUGCCACAACAGCAGGACAGCCCUUCGAGCUCGGGGAUUCCGAUGUUUGGAUCUUUACUUGUGGAUAAAAAUUCGGCCACCCCGUAUUCGGAUGCGACACAGACGAAAAAGAACAACCCGAAUCACAUAAAACGGCCGAUGAACGCGUUCAUGGUCUGGUCACAGAUCGAACGCAGGAAGAUUUGCGAGGUCCAACCUGACAUGCACAAUGCCGAGAUCAGCAAACGACUUGGUAGACGUUGGAAAACGUUGGACGAGGACGAGAGGAGACCGUUCAUCGAGGAGGCAGAGAGAUUAAGGCAAUUACACAUGAUGGAAUAUCCGGAUUACAAGUAUCGACCACGGAAAAAGACGACGAAGCCAGCCCCGGCGCCAAAAGCUAAAGAAUCCUCCGGUAAGAAACCGAGGAAAUCGUCUACUUCCUCAAAUUCCUCAUCUUCCUCCUCCUCGUCUAUCGGCGGUUCCUCGCCUUUAUCACAUUCGAAAUCGCGGAACGACACGAACAACAACACGCAGACGCCAUCGUUGAAGAGGUUGCAGGCUCAGCCGAGCACGAAGCCGGUUUCGAGGUUGAAGGUCAGGUUGGCCCUUGACAAGAGGCCUCUCGAUUAUACACCAGCGCCACCGAUCGUCACGGCUAAAGUACCAAGCAGUCCUUCCUGCGACACACCGGAUUCUCCAGAGUCUGCUAGCUUCUACGACGACAAUUAUCACGAUAACGGUCCAGCCGCAGUGGCAGCAGCGGCUGCGGCCGCAGCUGCGAUCGUCGGCGUUGGUUCACACGCCGGUUUACCACCCCCUUUACCACCUACCAGUUCGUUACUCGCCGCUAAGAUCAAGCAAGAGACCGCAUCGAUCAUGGAUAUGGAUUACAAGACAACAUCGACGACGAAUACCGCGACACCGACUACCAGCUAUACGAAGGACAGACUUUUAUCAUCCGUCAGAGGAGCCGGAUCCUUUUCUACCUCCUUCUCAUCGUCCUCUUCCUCCUCUUCAAAUAUUUCCUCAUCGUCCUCCUCCUCCCUCUCGACCUCCGACGUCGACAGUCUCGGCAGGAGCACCACGGUUAGAUCAUCCACACCGUGCCAUCUCGAUCAUCAUCAACAGCAACAUCCCUUCUCCAUCAAAGAGGAACCCUUGGACCCGACUCUCGCCACGGCUACGACGACGAUUGGCACGAGUCUUACAUCUUCCUCAUCCACCUCCUCGACAUCCCCUACGAACAACUCCGGCGCCAUAAAACUCGAAGAAGUAUCCGGAAGUAAUCCCAGCCUCGCCGAUCUCUAUUCCCUAACCGAUCUCCUACAAAUACAACCGUCCGACUUCAAACUCGAUCUCGACAUGGAAACCAUUACCACCGAUCUGGACUCCUUCGAAACGGCCAGCUCGAGUAGCGGUUCGCACUUUGAAUUUUCCUGUACGCCCGACGUCACGGACAUGUUGUCGAACAUAGGCGUCAGUAACGAGUGGGUUAGCUUUUGAGUGAGCUACGACGACGACUACCUCUCGAUCAACGCGUCGAUCGAUUUCCUCCUUACGUCUCUUCAAGCAUAUAUUUUCCUUAUCCGUCAACCGAGCGACUCGACGAUCUCGAUUUCUCCAAACUACGAGUUUCCUCGGAGCACCUUUCCAAAAAGCACAUUUAUCGAUCAACCGCAUAGCGCACCACCGCUAACGUCCUUUCUCUCUCUCUCUCUCUCUCUCUCUCUCUCUCUCUCUCUCUCUCUCUCUUCUGUUUGUGCUCGUCAUCUUUUACGGUUUAAAGGGACAGAGACGGUUAAAGCGGCCGACACCAGACGUCGUUCUUUUACCAAACAUAUUUCAACUCGUUCUCAUGCUGCUUCGAGGCGUUUCGAAAAGAAGGAAGGAGUAAGAUAUACGGGGGAGGGGGCAGGAUUGGGGGAGGUACGCCUUAGGGACGACCGGAAACGGCCAUCGAGUAUGUGUAUAGAGAGGGUCUGGAAAAGAGGCACCAGCUGUGUUGUCCCUUUGCUCUUUCACUCCUUCCGGUACCCCUCCGAUUUAUCCUACAUAGUUCUCUCUCUUUCUCUUUUUCCUUACUUCAUCCGUGGAAUCCUUCGUACCCUCAUCGUCGUCGUCGACCGAAUUUAAACCCACGGUCAGCUGAUCGCCAGCUGGUGCGGACUACUCGAAUUCCUUCUUUUCACGUCCCUCGAAGAAAACUAUCGUGAGAUCGAAAAGAAAGAGAGAGAGA